CCCUUGUAUGAUACCAUGCCCCAUGUUAGAAGAAAGAAACAGAAGCUUGCUAAGGAGAGAGCUGGGCUUUCAAAGUUACCAGAUUUAAAGGAUGCUGAAGCUGUUCAGAAGUUCUUCCUUGAAGAGAUACAACUUGGUGAAGAGUUAUUAGCACAAGGUGACUACGAGAACGGUGUAGACCACCUGACAAAUGCAAUUGCUGUGUGUGGGCAGCCUCAGCAGCUGCUGCAAGUGUUACAGCAGACUCUUCCACCACCAGUGUUCCAGAUGCUUCUGACCAAGCUUCCAACCAUUAGUCAGAGAAUUGUAAGUGCUCAGAGCUUGGCUGAAGAUGAUGUGGAAUGAGCCGGAUAUCAACACUAUAAAAUCUGUUAAAAUUGAUUUAACCAUUAGCUUGGAAGCUGCUCGGCUCUGGGGGAAUAAGGGCAAAUGUGCUUGUCAUGAACUGUCCUACACUGAAGUCUACCAAAGUGAAUAUGUGCUUUGAGUAGAUCCAUUGUCUGUUCUAUUUAUUUUUUCCAGUGAAAAGUAUUUUGAUAGGACUUUUCAUUUUAUAAAUACACUGAGUUAACCAAAAUAUCAUGGAUUUCGUUUAUUCUUAUGACAUGGAAUUCAAAUGUAAAUACAGUAAGUGGAGUAUUACUGAGAUAAAAACGCCCGGUGAUGAGUUUUGAACGAUUGGAAGAGAACAUGAAGGAUAGUUGGAUAAUGCCCGUUUUUAAAGACUAGUGCAUUUUACUGUACGUCAUAAAAUUGGAUAGAAACAUGUGUUUGUGAAAACUGAGCAUUAAAAUCUUACAGAGACCGUC